AUGAAUAAACUAAAGUCUAACUACGCAGUCGGUGGGCAAGAGUUGCAUGGGAAGGCUCCAGGCCUCAGCGGCGCCUCUGACGAGGAACCGGGCGAUAGAGUUAACAUCGCUAAAAGCCUCAAGAAUGUGCCUCAAAUCGUCCGCUCGUUAUCUUUGCCCAUUCCAGUCUCAACGACUGGCCUUCAUCCUUCAACAGCCUUGGGUGGCUUCCGUGAUAGAAGCCCCAUUUCAGCGUCUUCAACACAGUCGCCGAUGAUUGAUGGGGAAGUUUCUUCUUUCAGGUCCGAAUAUACUAGCGCUUCCAUCGUUUCUCCUUUGACUACAACAACAAGUAUCUCCCAUUCUAAUGGAGAGGUGGGCAAAGGUGAUGUGAUGAAACGAGAACCGCUGGUCGACCAAAUCUACAACAGAUUGCAAGAUUGCGUCAUACUCGACGAUACCUUCCAACCUUCCUUUCUACCCGCAACCGCGAUAGAGGAUAUUGUUGAUACGGAAAAUAUCCAAGCAGAACUCGACGGAAUAUCUCCCGAAGACGUAUCAAACAUUUUGCUCACUCGGCGCAAGCUUUUUAUUAUCUUAGUCAUGCAACGUCAGAGCAAGAUCAUCUAUACUUUGAUGAAGGAGGGGAUUCAUGAUGCCCACCUACCGUUUCUGAGAGACCCCAAAAACAAUAUGGUCCUACUGUGCAAGUCACUGAACGAGGUACCCGAGUCUCGUGUCGUCGAGAGUUUGAAAGCUCACGGUGAUGAAUGGAGCCGGAUGGAGAUAAAUGAUUUUUACAAUCGUUACCAAUGGCGGGUGAUUGCUCCUCACUUUAACAUUAACUGCCUACACAGCAACUCCUCAGCGGCUGAGGCCGAACACCGGAGAUUCUUGAAGUUCGAGAUAUUGCCAAUCACUAAGCCCAGUGGUGACACCGGCGAUAUCCUCUACUACAGUAAACUCUCCAUGGUGAUAAAGGUCUAUAUCCACCCGGCCCAUAGAAACUGUUCUCUCCCAAGUGUACAGCAAGUAGAUUGUUUUGAGACUCCGUUUGCCCUAAAAGUCAUCGACGAAGCGUCCGAUCGCGACAUGGCAGAGAACGAAAUCGACAAGCUCAAGCGCUUUUAUGGGCAGAAAUAUCAGCAGCGCCUUAUUCGCCUGUUAUGCAGUUUUGAAUACCAGCGCAAAUUCUACUUGGUAUUCCCCUGGGCCGACGCCAAUUUGGAGGAGUUUUGGAGAGUCAAGUUCCCAGAGGUUGGAAGCCUGCCUCGGGGAUGCGGCCUUGCCCGUUGGAUGGCUCGAGAGCUUCUAGGACUAGCCCAGGGCUUGCAUUUGAUUCACAACCCCCCGCCUAAGAACCAAGGUGACAAGCGCACAAAUGGAAGACAUGGCGACAUCAAGCCUGAGAACAUCCUGUGGUUUAGAGACGAUGAAGAAUCCGAAUGUCACGGCCUUACGGAUUCUAACAUAACCACAGAUGAGACGGCCCGGCCAGCUGGAAUGCUCAAGAUUUCUGACUUCGGCUUUGUUGACUUUCGCACCAAGGGAUCUGUAUCUAAGAUCCAGCCUAACAGUAUUAGGGGCCUGACACAUACGUAUUGCGCGCCAGAGUGCGACUCUACGCCAGAGGAGAGAAUUUCGCAGCGUUACGAUUGUUGGUCUCUUGGUUGCGUUUUACUGCAGUUUGUGACGUGGUAUGCCCAGGGGUGGGAUGGGGUGGAGGAAUUUGCUACCAGGAGAAGUACUUUAGAGGGAGAGUACGAGCGAGGAGAGAUGUGGGAAGAUAGAUUUUUUCAGCGCGAUAGGCAUACCAAGGAAGUCAGCGUCAAGCCAGCGGUAUAUGAGUUUAUGGCUGAUAUGUUGCUAGCAAAUUGA